AUGCUUCUGAGACUUCGAGGGCCUGACGGCACGAAUCGUCUGAAUAUAGACGCAAACGACACAUUCGGACACCUCGGUAGUCUGUUGAUUCCGAACCUUCCAGAGACCGUCGACCCGAACUCCAUAACCCUUUCAAAUGCACCUACAGGCGGCGAUGCUAAGAACUUGGUCGAGAUCGCCUCUUUCAAGGUUGGACAGAUCGGGCUGAAGCAUGGCGAUCUCAUCUUCAUAAACUACAAGCUUAAAGAUGGUCAAGCCAAUGGUGAUGCCAACGGCACUGAAGCAUCCUCUCACCUUCUGGCAACUUCAAACCGACUCAACGGCAAGCCCAUUCUGCCGACCGACAACUUGCCGAUCGAUCCUCCGUCCGUGACGUCGCCGUCCGAGAAAAUCAAAAAUCCCUGGGACGUUGUCAGGCAGCACCCACUAGACGAUCGGUUAGACAAGAAGGAUGGCAAGAUCCCGAGAGGUCGCGACCACAAGAUGUGCCGGCAUGGACCGAAGGGCAUGUGCGACUACUGCAUGCCUCUGGAUCCGUUCAACGCGAAGUACCUGGACGAGAAGAAGAUCAAAUACCUGUCGUUCCACUCGCAUCUGCGGAAGAUCAACUCCGCCACGAACAGGCCUGAACUUGGAAGCUCUUACAUUCCACCUCUUGUGGAGCCUUACUUCAGAGUCAAGCGCGACUGUCCUUCGGGCCACCCUCAGUGGCCCGAAGGUAUCUGCACCAAGUGCCAGCCGAGCGCCAUCACCUUGCAGCCGCAGCCAUUCCGCAUGGUUGACCACGUGGAAUUCUCGUCGCCUGCUAUUAUCGACACAUUCAUCGACGCCUGGAGAAAGACGGGAGGUCAAAGACUGGGCAUCUUGUACGGCCGGUACACAGAGUAUGAGGUUGUACCCCUCGGUAUCAAGGCCGUCGUCGAGGCCAUUUACGAGCCGCCCCAGGUCGAUGAGAUGGAUGGAGUAUCGUUGAAUGCGUGGGAGAACCAGAAGGAUGUUGAUGAGGUCGCAAGGCUCUGCGGGCUGCAGCAGGUCGGCGUCAUUUUUACUGACCUUCUGGACGCUGGUGCAGGCGACGGAUCAGUCGUCUGCAAGAGACACGCUGAUUCGUACUUCCUGGCCUCGCAGGAAAUCUGCUUCAUCUCACGUUUACAGGCUCAGCAUCCGAAGCCCACCAAGUGGAGCGACAGCGGCAAGUUUGGAUCCAACUUCGUCACUUGCAUCGUCUCGGGCAACGAAUCGGGAGAGAUCUCGAUCUCAUCAUACCAGGCUUCUAAUGACGCUGUGGAGAUGGUCCGCGCCGAUAUUAUCGAACCCUCAGCUGAUCCCAACGUGAUGCUGGUUCAAGAGGAAGAGGAAGACGACGGGUCCACGAGCCGAACAAGAUACAUCCCCGAAGUUUUCUACCGUCGGAUCAACGAGUACGGUGCCAAUGUGCAGGAGAACGCAAAGCCUUCGUUCCCCGUGGAGUAUCUCUUCGUGACUUUGACACACGGAUUCCCGGAUGAGUCCAAGCCUACUUUCACCCAACUAGGUUUCCCCAUCGAGAACCGCGAGUACAUGGGCGAAAGUCAAGAACACUCUGCGGCCGCUAGGAUCCUCAAGUUCUCGGGCGGUCAGAAGCCCGCCGAUGGUGGCUUGGAAAUGUCCAAUUUCCACUUGCUCACCUUCAUUCGCCAGAUGGGCAUUCUUUCCAAGGACGAAGAAUCGCUGUUAUGCCGAGUUGCAUCGCAACAUGACCUGGCUGACAACUAUCAGCUGCGAUCUACCGAGGGCUGGAGGACUUUGCAGGCGAUCCUGCAAUCGACCGGUGAGCGAAUCCCCAAGCGCCCACGGCAGUCCGAGGGCCAUCCCGCUUCCAGUGAACUGCAUGAUCCAUCUGGGCGUCAAUCCAGGACCACAGAAGAACCCCUUGCUAAACGAUUUGCUGCCUUCAGGCUGAACGAGCGUCGCUCACCUCGGUAA